AUGGAGCAAUGGGAAAGCUGCCGCUCGGGGGAGCAGAAACGAGAAAACCGAGCCGCAGUGUCCGCCUUUACCGACUCAGUAGAGGAGCAAUGGCAAAAGCUCAAGGAAGAAGCGAUGAUUGAUUCGGGUGACGAAGACGUGAUGGAGAGUGGGAGUCUGACAUUGCCUACCGAGAGAAAGAAGCGCAAGACAAAGCGGGCUACCAAGGUGACAGUUGCUCCAAAAAGUACCCAGUCACAGCAGCAAAAGCUGGCUCAGUCGAUGAGCGCACCGGAUAUGGAAAAACUGCUGAACAAGUAUCGGAACCUUUCCGCUGAAGAAGAUGAAGAGGCUGACGUCGACAUCACAAAGUUUUUGCAAGAUGACGCAUUUAACAGUGACGAAGAAGGAGGAGGAGAUGACGUUACUGCUGGUGAUUUUUUAUCAUCCUUGAUGUCGGGGAAGAACCACACUCUCCAGAAGCUGGUGGAGGAAGAGAAGGAAAUUCCAUUGGUGAGUCUUGACGAUGAGGUUUUCACGUAUGAAAAGCAGUCCAACACCUCAAAGGCUGCCCUGAAUAGGGGCAACAAUGACAAGCGAAAUGAGGCCAACUAUGUGGUGAGGGAUAGCUUUGUAAAGGAAUUAAACGUUGUGGGUGAGCUCCCCACGGAGACCCACACUACACCUAUACGUGGCUCGAAUAGCGCUGCUGUGGAGUGCCCUUCUAGUGGCCUAUUUUAUUGGUUGGAUGCCAAGGAACAGCCUCACAUGAUGUCUGCCCCAGGAACUGUGCUUCUUUUUGGUAAAUUAUGCGGGGAGGGUGGAGAAAGUACCACCUGCCGUUCCUGUUGUAUCAGGGUUCAAAAUGUUCAACGGAAUAUUUUUUUGCUUCCCAGGGAAGGGUCUUCUGAUACCGAUGUCGUCCAGGAGAUAAACAGCGUCUGCCGGAGGCAUGGUAUAGAAGAGAGACGAGUAAAAUUUGUGGAGCGGUAUUAUGCCUUUGAUGAACCGGGAAUUCCUCGCGAGAAGAAUCGCUGGGCGAAGCUUCGUUUUCCAGGAAAAUAUCCUCCUUUUCCUAGCAAGGUGGAGUUUACCAACAUCCAGGCUGUUAUGGGUGCGUCGCGAUCACUUCUUGAGCUUUUCUUAAUAAAGAAGAGGCUCAUGGGUCCAUCCUAUCUUCGUCUUGAGAACCUCAUCCCAACAACAGAGCGUAUUUCACAUUGUGACGUGGAGUUUAUAGUGGAGACCCCCAAGCAUAUAAAGGUUGAGGAUUCGCCGAGACCUCCACCAUCCUUCACUCUUGCGAGUAUCCAGCUACACACUCAACUUGACAAAAAAGGUGUGGCAAAUGAGGUUGUAGCCGCUUCAAUUGCCGUUUACCGCGACGUAAACAUUGACGUGGGGACGAAAAAAGCGGUAUCAGAGUGUUUUACGGGGGUUCGACAGGUAUCACCGGGAUCGGUUCUGCCAUUGGAUCUGGAAAACUAUUGUCAGUCAAAAGGAUUACCUGGUGUGCGGCGCUUUGCUAGCGAGGGGGCGCUUUUAGCUUGGCUUGCAGCUACACUAGGGGAUUUGGAUCCUGACAUGGUUGUGGGUCAUAAUAUCAUUGGUUAUACCAUGGAUAUUCUCUUGAAUCGCUACCAUGAACUGAAAGUCCCCCGCUGGUCUACAAUUGGUCGCCUCGAUAUUAAGCGUUUUCCACGCUUACAGGGCAACACCUCAAAUUUAGCGAGUGAAAGGGAGGCAUGUGUGGGCCGACUUGUCGUCGACACCUAUCUUCUUUCCAGAGAAUACUACAAAAGUUCAAACUACAAGUUGUUGUCUUUGUGUGCUCAGAUGGAAAUCUCGGGUAUUGCCAAUGGCCAGGUAUCCUUUGAACCUGGCUCUACGGUCUUGGACGAACGUGUCAUGAAGACAUCAACGGAUCUCUUCCCCAUCUUGUUGCAGCUCUUUAAUUGCGCGGUGGUUUCUGUUGAUGUGGCUGCUUUUCUUGACGUGAUUCCGCUUACGAAACGUUUAACGUCAUUAGCGGGAAAUUUAUGGAGUCGGACUCUAUAUGGUGCUCGUUCGGAAAGAAUUGAGUACCUUCUUCUUCACUCUUUUCACGACCUGAAGUUUGUGACUCCGGACAAGAAGCGGUUUGAGGCAAAGCGGGGCCGAGAGGAUGCGGAGGAUGAGAGCAAACGCAAGACAAAAUAUCAGGGUGGUAUGGUACUGGAACCACGGAGCGGACUUUAUUCCGAUUACAUUCUUUUGCUGGAUUUCAACUCGCUUUAUCCUUCUCUCAUUCAGGAGUUCAACAUUUGCUAUACCACCGUUGAGCGAGAUGAAAACACCACAUCUGCUGAGGUUCCUCCACCUGAGAACCUUAUUUGCCGCUCUUGUGCUGCCGAAGGAUUGCCGUCACCGUGCUUACACAGAUGCAUUCUGCCAAAAGUCAUUCGAAGCCUUGUGGAGAGCAGGAAAGAGAUCAAACGCAUCAUGAAAAAUGAAAAAGACCCUAAUAAUCUUGCUACACUUGAAAUUCGACAGAAGGCUCUUAAACUAACGGCGAACAGUAUGUAUGGGUGCCUAGGUUUUGAGCAUUCACGUUUUUAUGCGCAGCCACUUGCUGAAUUGGUCACUCGGCAAGGUCGUCUUGCCUUGCAGAAUACUGUGGAAUUGAUUCCACAAAUUUCACCGUCGCUAAGAAUUAUCUACGGUGAUACCGAUUCUGUGAUGAUUCAAACUGGUAUAAAGGAUGACAUCAAAAAGGUACGCGAGCUUGGUUUUGAUAUUAAAAACAAGGUCAAUCAACGGUACCAAAGUCUGGAGUUGGACAUUGAUGGUGUUUUCAGGGCGAUGCUCCUACUUAAGAAGAAAAAGUAUGCAGCACUGAGCGUCGUAGACUGGCAAGGUGAUGGCACUACCUACAAGAAAGAGGUGAAGGGAUUAGACAUGGUGCGUAGAGAUUGGUGUCCACUUUCUCAGAAAAUGUCGGAUGCGGUGCUUAAUAGAGUCCUGAACGCAGAAGGCGGUGAGGACAUCCUCGACUAUAUAAUGACAUACAUGAAGGGCGUCGCGGAUCAAGUCCGCUGUGGGGGGAAGUAUCCUCUUGAAGAUUUUGUCAUUUCAAAGAGUUUGACAAAGGAACCGGAGUCGUACCGUGGAACGGCGUUUCCCCAUGCCACAGUUGCCCUUCGCAUGAAGCAGCGGAAGGAAAAUGUUCGCGUUGGGGAUCUCAUCCCAUAUGUGAUUUGCGAGUCUGAGGACCCUAAAGACAAGGCUUACCACGUGGAUGAGGUGCGACGGACUAAGGGGUGUCGUAUUGACGUAGAGUGGUAUCUGUCGUCACAGUUGUACCCACCUGUGAUGCGUUUGUGCGAGUACAUCCAAGGAUUUUCGCCUCAACAACUGAGCGAGGCGAUGGGAAUUGCGUACCAUGGACAAGCAGAGCGCAGGGAUACGGAAACAUAUACCAUAGACGACUUUUCGCACUGCUCUCUCUUCAAGAGCCGUGAGCUGUCCGAGUGUUUUCCAACUGCGCUGCCGUUGCAGGUGCAGUGCACGCAUUGCCGCCAGGUUGUUCCGAUUGAUCCUCACAAGUAUAUAAACGACAUCGUGUCUGAUACAAGAAAAGCCCCCCCAACCGCUCUUUUUGAGGUUUACGUCUGCUCCAACUGCAGCUACCCAUUGCCCCUCACGUACCUGGCAAACUGUCUGACGCAGAUGUGUCACAAGAUAAUCCAGCAAUUUUACCGCUCGGGUGGAAGUGCCGCAUCAGUGCGUGCAGUGCGUGCGCAGUUCACAUACUUUCGAGCGCUCUUCGACGUUCCACACGCCCCGGGCUGCUCUCCACUCAUAAAGGAUGCCCACCGCAACCUAGCUCUGCGUUGCCUGGGCACUGACAGAAAACUUUACACGCUAGCUGACGCCAGUCGCUUCCCCGAUGUCGAGCCUGUGGACCCUUUAUUUGUGUGCGCCGAGAGUUUCUACAAGCGUGUGGAUCAUUUGUUUGUUCACAUAGACAAACUGUUUGCCCCUAAUUGA